ACGAAAACGAAAAUUCUAUUCCAAUACUCUCUACGAGUGGACCCACACAAUAUUAAAAUAAUUUGUUUGUUGUAGCUGUGUGAAUUUAUUUUGCUCUGAUAUUUGCUACUAUUUAGUUUGUAUCAUAUCAAGAUGAACCACAAAUAUUUUUUCGAUCUAAUUUUGUUUUACAUACUUCUAUGUAGAUUUGAUUUUAGUGCCGGUUUAAAAGGUGCAGUGUCAUUAGAUUCUUGGACAUUUGAUAAAAUGAUAUCAAAGUUCAAAGCAUCUCUUGUAAAAUUUGACAUAACUUAUCCAUAUGGUGAAAAGGAAGACGAGUAUGGGAAAGUGGCUGAAUCUGCCAGAUUUUCUCCUGAUCUCAUGAUAGCUGAAAUUGGUGUUCAAGAUUAUGGAGAAAAAGAAAAUUCAGAUAUUGCUGAGCGUUUUGCUGUGUCAAAGGAUGCAUUUCCAGUUCUCAAACUUUUUGUACAGGGUAAAGAUGAACCUAUUACCUUCACAGGUGAUUUUAAAGCAGAUAAAAUAAAAAAUUUUAUCAAGGAACAUUCAUAUGUUCGCUUAGUAAUGAAUAAAUGUUUACCUGACUUUGAUGAGUUAGCCGAGAAGUUUAUGGCUGCUGAGAGUCAAGAACAAAAGAAAGUUAUUUUAUCCGAAGCAAGAAAAAAAGCUUCUGAAGUGUCUUCAACUGAAGAAAAAAAGUCUGCAGAUGUUUACAUAAAAAUGAUGCAGAAAGUUAUUGAAAGAGGAAUUGGAUUUAUAGCAAGUGAAAAGGAAAGAGUUAAAAACAUAAAAGAAGGUAAAAUAACAACUGCUAAGAAAGAAGAAAUGCAAGGACGCUUGAAUAUUUUGCAAUCUUUCUCUGUAAAAGAUGAACUCUAAGAAUGAAGCUGCUAGAAUCCACAAUUUAUACAAUUGCUUAAUCAUAUUUCACUUUCAUAAUGUUUCGAUGCAUUAAUAUAAGUGGAAUAUUUUUAUUUUUUUAGAAUGCAAGAAUUUUACACUGAUUUUUUAUAUGAGCUGAAGAUAUUUCUUAAAUACACAUUCUUUAAUGAUUUGUCUUCAAAAUAUGCUUUGAAGAAUGUUUUCAGAGUACAAUCAAACAAUUUUCCAAACAAAUCUCUCCAUUCCAAAUGUUAGAGUGAAAUAAUGUAGCUUUAUUUAUCAUUCAAUUGUGCAGUAUUUUUUUUUUUUUUUUUUUUUUUUUUUUAGUGUAUGGUGUCAUAAAUUCAUAGCUAUGUUUAUUGUACAAUAUUUUUUUGGUACUUCAAUUUUGUUUUUCUUUUGUCUUUCCUGGAAUACAUGUUCUAAUAAGUAUAUUAUUAUCAGUUUCAUCUGUGCAAAUUAAAGCAGUUUUAUACUUUUUCUAGACAUUCUAAAUGGCUGUUCCUUACAUUUUAUUUAAAGCUUAAUAUUUAAAAAAAUAUUUUGUUAACAUUUAAGUUUUAUAUUGUAAUGCAGCUCAUUUGUAUAGAAUAUGAAAUAAUUAUGUGAUGUCAAAAAUCGAAUUUGGGAUCUAUAUUUAAUUUGAAUGAGUUAUCCUUUGGAUAGCUUGAUCUAUAAAAAUUUUCAUGUAUCAUAUAUUAAAUUUUGAAUUAUUAAACUUUUACUGUUGUAAUUUUUUUGUAAUUCUGACUAAAAAUAUUUAAGUUAUAGUUAGCAUAAAAUUCUUUUCAAAAUAAUAUAAAACCUGAGUUAGUUUUUUUUUUAACUGCAUUGCUUUAAGAAAAAAGUGUUAGUAUUGUGUCCACUGAAUUAAAUUGCUAUGCUCUGUUUUACUGAUUUUUUUCUUUUCUAUUUUGAAUUUUUGUAUAAUUGCUAUGCAAGAUUAAUACAUAAAAACUGAUUCAUUAUUUAAUACAAUAGUAUUAUGAUUAACAUUUGAAAUUUAAUUAAAUAUCUUCAAUCCCCUGUAUAGUGAAUUGUUCUUCAUUCAAUAUGGAAUGAAGAUCCUUUGUUCCCUUAAAAUAAAAAUUUCAUUACUUAUUUAAAUCCAAUUUUGUUAUAGUAAUAAGUGCAAUAGAAGUUCUCAAAACCUGAAUUUCAUGAAAUAAUUGCAGUUCUUGUGUUAUUUAUGUUAAGGACACACAUAAACAAUGGUCAGUGAUGAGCUACAUAUUAUUUAGUUAAUUUGUCAUAUUGAUUCGCGAUAAAAGUGAAAAACAAUAAAAAGAAGAAAGAAUGAAGAAAAUGAAUCAACAUGUAGGAAAUACACAAGCCUAUGUCUGCACUGCAAUUUGUCCUUGAUAGCACCAAAAUUCGUUUUCUGUGUAUGGUUAUAAUUAUCGCUUAUAAGUUUAAAAUUGGAAAGUAAAAUAGCUAUUUUUCUCCUUUGAAUUUAGUUACUGUAGAAAUUUCUGCAGUUCAGGUUUAGCCAAAGUUUUCUUCAUAUCUAUAACCCAAUUUGCUCUUUUACUUUUUUCUACCUUCUUUCUUCCUCUCACUAUUUUGAGUUUUCUAUUUUCUUAUUUCCCCAUACUUAUCACAUUUUUUUUAAUACAUAUUCAUUUUUUAUUGUUUAGAAGUUGUUCAUCAAAAAAACUGAGCUACUCAGAUUAAAUUUCUUAAAAUUUAAGUUGAAUCUAAGCUCAUUUGAGCUAAGCCACCAUUACACAGAAAAAAAAUAUUUCAAAAUAUAUAUUAAUAUAUACCAAUCUUUAUCUAGACUUUUCUCAAUAAAAGUCUAAAUUCUUUUUGUUUCUUACCAAAAGAUGUUUCAUGUUUAUGAAAAAUACUCUAGGCUUUUAGUUUUAAGAUGAUAGAAUAACUCAAAAUGGUAUGCACAUUAAUUUUGAAAUUUACUUCACAUACUUAUCUCUGUUAUUUGUAAACCACUAGAUGGAAUAGUAUUUUUUAAGCAUGAUUAUAGUCUGAUAGACUAUUUGUAAAUUACUACAUGUAUGAUGAAAGAAUUGUUCAAAAUACUCCUAAAGGCAGGCAGAGCAUUGAAAUUACAGCUGCUGAAUUAGACAUGUAGUUACUUUUGGGGGAGCAGAUGCUUGCUAAGAAAAGAUUUUAGAUUCUAAUUAAAAAUUAAUCAGUGUUAGCAUUAUUAUCAAUAACUUCAAGUGCUUUAAACUAUAUUAUCACAUAUAUUUUUUUAGUUAUUUAAAAAAGUUAACUUUGCAGUUGUACCAGUGUUUUGUCUUCUAAUACAUUGUAAAACAUAUUUUAAGUAUAUUUUCAUUGUUUUAGUUAUUGAAUUUAUAUAUAUAUAUAUAUGAAUAUUAUUACAAUAUUUAAUACAUUUUUUUAUGUGCAUCCCAUAAUUCAAAGUAAAUUUUUAAAAAUAAUUUAAAGAUAGAUUUAUCAAGUCAAGAACAUUUUAUUAUAAAGUGUCAGAUUAGAAGUUCUUUCUUCCCCUGAUCCUUUCUUUCUGAAUUUGUAUGUCAUAAGAUGAUAAAAGAAAAGCUAUAGUUCCUUUUCAAAUAUUCUUUGUAUUUUAUUUGAAAUUUUGUAUAAGUGAGUGGAUUUUAAAGUGGGAAUUUUGUUGUAGAUAUUUAGCUACACACUAUUCCUUAUAUCAUAUAAUUUAAAUGCAAUUUUUAAAUAAUGUUACUCUUUUUGUACUCAAAAUCAGAAAACAUAUGGAAUCUUUGUGUACAUAAGCAUGUUGAAAAAUCUGAAAUAUAAAGAAAGUUAUGCAGUGUGUAAAGCCAACUAUAUACAAUUUCUUAACUUCUGCCCCAAUACCAAUAUGUAAUUGCAAAUGAGAAUCUUAUUUCCAAAAUAUUUUGCAUGAUGAGGAAUAGUUUUCUGGUUUAAAUCCUGACACAAAAUAUGUUAUCUCCAUAAAAACACUAAUUCAGAAGUUUAAAGUAGAAAGUUAGCCAUAGGACUCCAGGAAUUCUCAAUAUAGAAAUGACUUUCAUUUAAUAUUUUAAGUAAAUAAAUGAACUGAAGAACAUUGGUUCUAAAUAAUAUUUUUAAUUUUAUGAUGAGUACAAGCUUAAAGUUAUUUGAUGAAAUUGCUUUAAGAUCCAGUUAUUUUAUUAAUAGGUGUAAUAUACUGUUGCACAUUUUAUAUAUAUAUCAUC